AUGGCUGACUGGUCCAAUUUACCGACAGAGCUCCUCGGCUUAAUCGCCCUCCAUUUGUUGUCCGUCUUGGACAUCAUCCGUUUCCGCGCCAUUUUCUCUCGUGUCACUCUCUCCUCCUCCUCAAGCAAAGGAUGGCUGAUCAAACACGACGCCGAACUCAUCGACAAGACUUUCCGUCUCCUCAGCCCUCUCUCCCGCUUCCCCUUCCGCCUUUUUCGGUGCAGAAAAAUCAAUCUGUUGAAAUUCAACGUCACCGAGAUCCACCCAACCUAUAUUGUUCAGAAGCAGCGCAAGAAGCAAGCAGAUAAAAGAUUCAUAAGAGCGGUUGUUGAGGGAAGAAACGAUCGGCUUGUUGUGAUCUGUUGUGACAGGAAGGUUAGGUAUUGGAACGGAGAGAUGUGGACAAGAUUCGAAGACCAAGUAGGUGAACUAUGCGACCUUAUAGUUCAUCAAGGUAUGACUUACGCGUUGGAUUCAAGAGGGAUUAUUUGGUGGAUCAGUCCUGCUCGUGGUAUCUUCAGGUAUGGACCUGCGCUCAAUGAUGAUAUCGCGAAAUCUUGUAGUUGGAGAGACAGAAGCUUAGUGGGAGGAAGUUGUGGAGACUUAUACAUUGUUGAUCGUAUCGUUGAAGGUAAUCGUAGGGAAAUGAAUUUUGCAACCUUCAGUUUUUUUUCCAAAGUGAUACGCGAUGAUGUUGGGAACACGCCACUGGAAAGAGAAGAAGGAGGCUUUUAUCCAAGAACUUUAGGUUUCAAGGUUUACAAGAUCGAUGAUGACUCUUGCCAAUGGGAAGAAGUCAAGUCUCUUGGAGGUAAUGCGUUUGUGAUGGCUACAGAUACUCGUUUCUCGGUUGUGGCUAGUGAGUACUACGGAUGCCUUGAAAACUCUAUCUAUUUCACCGACGAGCACAAACGUGCUAAAGAUUAUGAGAUUAAGGUGUUCAAGCUAGACGAUGGUAGUAUCACGACUAUGUCUGGAUAUUAUCAGGAUUGUUUCCAAAUGUUUUUUCCUAAUCGUCGCUGGAAUGUUGUUGUUUAG